GGGAUAUGCAUGCUAGCAAGGUUUAUCUCGUUGAGAAAAGUGAUUAUACCAAUUCUGAUUCUACAGAAUGCCUCAAACUACAGAUAAUGCUUACGCAAAGCCAGCUAUGGGGUUUAUGAGCUUCCUUACGGGUCUUGCUACAGGGAUUCCAGGUUAAGUUUCUGUCUCAGACAAUUAGAGAUUAUAGGUAUGUAACAAUCACAUAGCUAAAUUGGAAAACCAGAAGUUUUAACGAUUUAUACUACACUUUCAAUCUUAACCCAGGGAGCUUACGAUAUUAGCCAUGCCAUGGUACUUUUAUCGUCACUUCUAAAUAUCACUCAUGCCACGUGACCACGCCACUUUUAGUAAGCGAGCAAAUAUCCGGCAGGAGACUGAAAAAUCAUUCUCGGGAAGCCUAGAUAAAGCCAGUUUAUAUUUAUCACCCCAUAGACGAUUAGCCAUCCAGCCCAAUCAAUAUGUUGAACCAGAGACUCAGCGCUGCGCUUUCAGUCUCCCGAGUCUUCAGAGCUGCGCCUCUCAGAUCCUUUACUCUUUCCUCCAGACUCCAACAGAAGUCGGCGGCCCCAGAAACCCCAGAACUGUCAUCUAAAAAACCGCUCAGCAGAAUCGCCGUGGGGGUGAACACGCCACCCAAGGCUACAGCCACGCCGUCUGGAUCCCUUGAGUUUGCCUCCUGGAAGGCGAUCGUGCUUUUGCUCGUCACUGGUGGGGGGUUCACGUGGUUCUUUUCCAGAGAGAAGCGCCGCUUGGCCAUUCAGAAGGAGGCCGAAGCCAACCGUGGGGUUGGAAAGCCAUUAAUUGGAGGCCCGUUCAACCUUGUGGACCACAACGGUAACACCUUUACCGAGGAGAAGUUGAAGGGCAAGUUUUCGCUCGUCUACUUCGGGUUCACUCACUGUCCAGACAUCUGUCCAGAUGAGCUUGACAAGAUGGGGUUGAUGUUGGACGAAUUGAAAAAGGACAACAUUAACUUGCAACCGAUUUUCAUCACCUGUGACCCGGCCCGUGACUCCCCAGAGAUCAUCAAGGAAUACCUUUCCGAGUUCCACGAGGACUUGAUUGGCUUGACCGGCGAGUACAACGAAAUCAAGAGCGUGUGCAAGCGGUAUAGAGUUUACUUCUCCACUCCUCCGGAUUUGAAACCGGGUCAGGAUUACUUGGUCGACCACUCCAUUUUCUUCUACUUGAUGGACCCGGAAGGAAACUUCAUCGAUGCCUUGGGCAGACAGUACGAGGCAGACGGUGCCGUUGCCAAGAUUAAGGAGCACGUUGCGAGUUACUUGCCGGCCGAUCAGCGUCAGCAGAAAAAGGAGGCAUGGUACGGAUUUUUGUUUAAGUAGUUGUCUGGUAUGUCUGUACAUAGUUCGCCAGUUUAUAUUGAAUAGUAUGAUUUAU